ACAAAGAUUCCAUAAUCAGUUAAUCACUCAUUUCCGCGUCUCCCACAGCAACUAAUUACUACUAAUCACUACUUUUUCAUCCACCCAUGACCCAUGCCUUCAUUUAUUGCUUCACUUACCGCAUUUAAAAUCCACAUUCUCAAUAAAUAUACAUCACCAUUUGUUUACGAAUUGAAUUGACUACUUGAUUGUUUCGUGUCGGUCAUAACUCAUCAUGCAAGUUUCUGCCUUCCGGUCUUUAACGUUCUUCCUCUUUCUCGGUGCCGCAACUUUUAUGCUAUUCUUCAACUUCUCAACUCCCAUUGUUCACCAUGAUAACGGUGGUGAUACUGAUGCAACAACACUGAUUGCUGUUGGUGUAAGCAGGAAACUUAAGGAAAAUGAGAGCGAGAGAGUGAUAGGUGGUUGGGUGUCGGUAGAUGAAGAUUAUAGUGAUGCAAAUCCACCGCCAAAUGGCUCAAGGGACAAAGUGAGUCAUGGAUCUAUUGAGCGUGCGGAAUUUAACCCAAAGGCUCCUCCUCCUCCUCCUGGUAUCUAUUAUUAACAAUAAUACUAUUCUUCCACUUUGCUACCUUAGCUUGUAAUAACAAUCCUAGUCAUAUAUAUAUAUAUGGUCCUAUGAGAGAAAUGGCUUUGUAUAAGUUCUUGGAAGCAAAUUAAAGUGUGCCUCUGCAACUCUGUUCCAUAACCAUUAGUUAAGUAUCAAACGUUAAUCUAUGUAUUUAUUAUUGAGAUGACUAACGAAAGAGAUAGGAUUACUCCUCGUUUCAAA